CAUAAUAGGACAGGGAACCAGAUUAUUGUGUACAUGGAGAUUUACGGAAGUUGUGCAACUUGUAUGCAAAUGUUUGUAACUUUCAGGCGUGACAUCUCACAAGAAGCAUCUGAAAAGUUUGUUUUCUAACGCUCUCCUUAAAAGAUAUAGAAAUGGCUGAUGAAAGUAAGGAUAUCAAGAAGCUUAUAAAGCUACAGAAACAGAGACCAGCUUUCUCACGAAUGAUUUCAUGGGAGAUUAGUCAAGCUGCAGAACACCAACCUGUCAAAAAAGGCAAACGGAAAAAGAAAAAAACCCUAGCUCCAGGUUCAGAAGAGUGUGUUAAGAAAGAAGAUGAUGGUAAUGCAAGGGCUGAUGAUAUUGAAGAAACUGUUGAUGACAGUAGUGAAUAUGAGACUGCCUGUGAAGAAGAGGGAGAGAUUGAGGUCAGAGGUCGGAGUGUAACAGAAUCUGAGGAUCAGUUAGAAAGUAUUGGUUCAGAUAUAUUAGAUUCCUACUUAGAUACUGAUUGUGAAAAUGAAGAGGAUGAAGAAGAUGAACUAUUUAUGUCUUGUAUUGGAAAUGAUACAACAGCUGUAAGAUCACCUGGGGAGCCUGAACAUGGAAGAAGAAGACGUCUUUCAAAGAAACAGAAAAGAAAAAGGAGAGAUCAGGCUAAAGUAAUAUAUUUAGAUGAUCUAUUUAAUCUUGGAAACUUGUUUGAUGCUACUGAUGAAAUAAGCGAUGUUUUCACUGAAGUAUUAGCAGCAGGACCAGAUGUUGAGAUCCAGCAUAGAGUUCCAACACUUGUUGAAUUGUGUCUUAAAGUAAAUAGGAGAAAACAAAGAUAUAAUUCUGAAAAGGGCAAGAAAAGAACCAAUACACUAGAAAAAGAGGCCACUGUAUUACCAUAUGGAAUGAAGAAACUUAUAUCGCAGUGGGGAUGGAGCCAGAAACAAUUGGAAAAUCAGUUAUCUUUCUUUUUAAAUAAAGUAUUACCUUUAGUGGAAAACCAAAUGAAAGCUAAGGCAUAUGUUGAAAAUAGUAAAAGUGAGACAGAUUCUUCUGAAACACCUAAGCCUUUUUUUCCCAAAAGAAGCAUAUGGGCUAUUAUACCAUUUGCCCCACAAAAGAGUAUGUUAGAAAAUGGGGACUAUGGAAGUGAGAAGACGCCAUCAUUUUUAUAUACUGUAUCUUCCAGUUAUCACACGGACAGUAAUAACUUGCAUUAUACAUAUAACGACUAUUAUCUUAAUGACAAUGUCACCUUGAAUUACGCUAUGUGGGCUUUUGGUACAGCUAUAGAUCUUAUGUUACCUAGCCACACAGGUAGUGUUUCACCAACAACAUCAAUUAUCCGUCUAAAAAGAGCACUAAGUCUCAGGUAUAAAACUCUUGUUGAUAUCCUGUUUGAAAAAACUUUGCCAUAUGUGAUGUGGGCUCGGGGGAAAAUUGCCAUAGCAACGGAUAUGUUUAGAAACUUGGUAGAAAAUGAAACUGAAACCGACACAAAAGCCAUGUAUUUAAGUGAGAUAGCAAGAAUGCAUGCUAUUUUUGGUGACACAAAGACAGCUGAACAGUUUUAUAGAGUUGCCACGGAGACAGCCUUGGAAGAUUAUAAUGAAUAUAGAAGGGAUAGAUGUAUAAAUGAGGCAACAGAACAAAAACAAGUACUACUUGCUAGUAUCUAUGAUAUAGGAGUAUUAGAUGAAGAGAAGGCUGUGCAAUCAUUACAGUUUUGGACUGGAGUGAAAAGUAUACGAACUGUGAGAACUGCAACAUUAAUUGCAGGUCUAGAUGCUCUUCUAUGUUACCAUUUGUCACAUUUGCCAGUUACAGGUUCAAAGCUCUAUGAUGAGGCAAUUGGUAAACUAGAGAAAGUGACAAAGGAGUGCCCUUAUGCAUAUUACUACCAGUCUAUGCUUCAUGCACUUCAUGGUACUUCAGAUAUCUCAACAAAACUCUACAGGGAGAGUAGGUCAUGCUGCUCAAUGACACCAGGGUCAGUAGUUUUAUCAUACUUAGGACAAAGGGCUAGAAAUCCCUGGCAACCAUUAAUUGACCGUAUUAAUACACAAAAGUUAGAUGUCAAGCCACUAUCAGUCAUUUGGAGAACUAAUUUGCAACCACCAAGAAUAACAAAACAUGGACCAAUGGAAGGACAAGUGUGUAGUGAGAAGCUGAAUUUACGCCUGAAUGAUGCUGGCCAUGUGACUGGAGACAUGCAAAUGAUGAUGCCACCUUUAAGAGACAUCUCUUUAGAUCCAUACACCGGGUAUCUGGUGAUGGACAAUCAACCAUCCCAGACUGGAAUGUGGACAUCAGCUUGGUUAAAUUCUUAUAAUCACUGUUGUGACCUACUUAUACCGACAUACAGGUUGAUAUAUUCAGACAAUGAUGGUACUACUGUACAUAUGCUUAAACUCUGCAAUACUCAAACUAGUCUUAGGAACCCUUACAGCAAUAGAGCAAAUGGUCCACCUUGUUCUUUCAUCCUUCAUUGGACAAGUCCAGAUGGUCAAGUGGCUAAACUCAACAUGCACUCACUGCUAAAAAACAAAACUAAAGAGAAAGUUAAGAUGGAGAUACAAGCUAAACGGAAUACAUACAUAAAUUCCACGGGUUUCAGCGAGUCUGUUUAUAUGAAGUGUUUUGAAUUCCUGGAUAUUGCAGCAGAAAGAAACAUUACAAUAACUGAAACUGUUAUUUCAAAUGCUGUAUGGAAAUAUAACAGUGAUCUCAAGAGAGCAGAGAAGAAAAAGAGGGACAAGAGUGGAAAGAUCCAGAUGCCAAAAAGAUCACUAAAGUCAUAUCUAGACACUCCUGCUGGUAUUGGAUAUUUAAAUUGGGAACUUAUGCAAGAGCCUUAUGUCUUUGGAAAAGCUGUUCUCCUGCAAGUCAAAGGAGUUGAUAAUUCUGUUUGGUUUGUUAUUGUGAACACUGAGAGCAAGACUUCAUUUUUGGACUGCAGUAUAAAGAAAUACACCUCCUGCAUUGUGAUGCAAGAACAAGUAAGAAAUAACUACACAGAAGAAGAAUAUUUGAUGGUGUCUUACUCAGGUGCUGUUUUAGUAUUGAACAAGACUGGGGAAACGGUUGUUACACUGAGUUAUGAUGAUGUAGCUGCCGCCGCAAGAGAUGGUAACCCACCAGUUAUAAUCUCUCCAAAAUUAUUUGGGGUCAACAAAGAACAAAAUAGUAUUUGGUGUACAAUAAUUGGUCUAGAGGAAGAUAUCAGAGAUAUUGAAGACAAAAUCUGCUGGACCAUAGGAUCUGUAUAUGAUGAACUGUCUGAUGGCUUGGGUCAUAAUCCCUAUGUAAAACAGUUGACCUAUAUUGGGAAGAGUAUCAAUUCUACAGGCAAACUUUUAAUGGCAAACCUUCAUUAUGGGCUAGCAUUUAUCAAUCCUAACACAUUGGAGUAUGUUCCAGUAACAGUGAAAGAGGGAUGUGAGAAGCAUUUUGAAUUUACCAAGGAUAAUAAUGCUAUGAAAGGGGAUUUUGAAAAUAUUGAGAUCCUUACAGAAAAAGCAUUCAUGGACGAUCAAAGGCCUGUGUAUCGUGUAGUACUUGGUGUACAAAAUAAAGUGUUUGUUCUAGAAAUGACUAAUCAACAUGAAGACACAGUUCACCUAGAAAUGAUAUUUUGUGUAGUUUUACCAGGUCUACCAAAGGAAGCUUGCUUGGUUGGCAAACAGGUUGGUAUGCUGAUUUCGUUAACUCAGCAUAAUGAUGAAGCAGAUGAGUAUUAUCGGGAGCAUGUGUUUUACUAUGAUUUCGACGGCCUCCUUCAUGGUGUGUUAUUGUGCCUGAGUCAUGGUCCAAGGUCAUUCUUUCCUGUAUAUCUCUAUGGUAACACAGAGAAUGAAGUUCAAGGUGAAGGUCAGUCUCAAGCAGGAUGGCAUGUUUAUCUGAGAGAUGGACGAGAUGGUAUCAUGUGUUUACGUCUGCAUUAAUGUGACAUGUCGGCCAUCAGCAUCUACAAGUUUGGAACAUCUCACCAAUUUUGCCAUAAUUUAUAGCUAUCAUAUGUUGAUAAAUAAGACCAGAAACAGAUAAGUUUAUUCUUCACUGAAAUGGACAAAGUCAGCUGAUUUUAUAUUGACUGUUUCUGGAUGGUGUAAUAACAAACAGGGGUUGCUGCAAUUGUUUUAUUUAUAAAAUUGAGCCGGGUCAACAACAAAACCAACAUAGUGCGUUUGCGACCAGCAUGGAUCCAGACCAGCCUGCGCAGUCUGUUCAGGAUCCAU